CAGAAUAAAAUGGUGAACAAAAGCCUGCUUAGGAGAAAGAAUUCAGAUCUUAAAUUUGCUUGAUAUGUGCAGUUAGGCCAAAAAAAGUUGGAUAAUCCCAAGAAAAUGUCAGCAAAUGAUUGUAACCUGUUUCUUUUCUUUCACUCUAGUAAUCUAUAUUUUGGAGGCAAUCUCAUGCAGUAAUUAAUCGUGAAGACUCUGAAGGCUGACUACUAGGUUCAAAUAUUGGAUCAUCUGCUUGCUAGGUUUGAGACCUUGGCACUAAAAUCUUGAAAUUGCACCAUGCCAAACUACAAACUCACUUAUUUUAAUAUGAGGGGGAGAGCAGAAAUUAUUCGUUACAUAUUUGCUUAUUUGGACAUACAGUAUGAAGACCACAGAAUAGAACAAGCUGACUGGCCUGAAAUCAAAUCAACUCUCCCAUUUGGAAAAAUCCCCAUUUUGGAAGUUGAUGGACUUACCCUUCACCAGAGCCUAGCAAUAGCAAGAUAUUUGACUAAAAACACAGAUUUGGCUGGAAACACAGAAGUGGAACAAUGUCAAGUUGAUGCUAUUGUGGACACACUGGACGAUUUCAUGUCAUGUUUUCCUUGGGCAGAGAAAAAGCAAGAUGUGAAAGAGCAGAUGUUCAAUGAGCUGCUCACGUAUAAUGCGCCUCAUCUUAUGCAAGACUUGGACACAUAUUUAGGGGGGAAAGAGUGGCUUAUUGGUAACUCUGUGACUUGGGCAGAUUUCUACUGGGAGAUUUGCAGUACCACGCUUUUGGUCUUUAAACCUGACCUGUUGGACAUCCAUCCAAGGCUGGUGACUUUACGGAAGAAAGUCCAAGCCAUUCCUGCCAUCGCUAACUGGAUAAAACGAAGACCCCAAACCAAACUCUAGUUGAUCCAUGUUGCCUUCAAGUUUGUUGUUCUCGGGGCCUCUCUCUUACCAGAUAAGACAGGUACAUCAGCCUGCCAGAUAAUCCAUAUGCUCCCUUCCCAAUUCCACCAAGAUUUCCACUUUAAGCCAUAUUCUGAUUUUUAAAAAGGAAAACACAAACACAAACAAAUCUUUCUGCAGUAUCUUUUUCUUUCAGAAUAGCUUCGCAUCAUUUAGAAUGGCGGAAAAAUAGUAUGUAAUACAGGCAGACCUUGCUUUGCACAGGUUCUAACAUGCACGAAUUGCAGUCAUAAUGGUUUAGCAACACCAUUCUUCCCCUUCCCCAAAAUGGUUUGGACUUCAGCUACCACAAUUACCUGUAAUUGCAUAAAACACAAACUUUGCUCAUAGCUCUCCAGUCCACAUAUCCCUGUGUAAAUAACCUAUGUACAUCAUGACCAGUGACCAGUCACUUCUUUCAAAGACUGCCAGAGGUCACUGCACAUCUCUUAUUCCUGCAUAGACAGCAAAGUGUGUAGUUGUAUUGCUAUUGCCUGCUUGUGGCCCAGUGAUAAAUCCCUUUGACAUUUUACAAAAAUGAAGAAUCAAAAGAGGGAACUCCCAACAAAGAUGAAAGUGCAGCAAAGGAACAAAAACUGAUAAUCCUGGAAUGAAAUUCAACUGAACAUAAAGGGAGCUAUAGAGAAAAGAGCUGACUGUGGGAAUCUGACACGCCUCAAGAGGCUCUAGAUAUGCAGCCAGAGAAACUUGUAAAGAUGAAUUUACUGACAUGAAUAAAGUUG